AGAAUUUCCUGCAAGAUGGGCCAUGCUUCAGGGUGCCACUCUUCGCUACCUUGUACCUCUUCUGCUCUCUGUCCAAGGGCAGAAAGGUAUUGGGAGUUUGAACGACCCCUGCGAUUGCAUGCAACAUCAUGACUUCUGGGUCGCAUCUCGCAGGGGUUUGAUGGACAUUUUUUGGGCUCCAGAUUAUCCUUUGAGAGCACUGGAUCCAGAGGACCAUUUGCACUUCUCUACAAGGAGGCAAUCCUGCUUGUACUCACCGGAAAAUGAGGAAUCACAUCGACCAACUGCACUUUCAGAUUGUAUUCCUGGCUUCAUCUUGGUUCACAUUGUUUGUAUGCAGCGGCAUUUGGCCAAUCGCAACCCAGAGCGGGCCAUGGACUUUGCUACGGAACUAGUUCGACUGCUUCCCUUUGGGGCGUCCUGCAUUGACAAAGCGGGAUGGCCGAUCACUUCUGCUCAAAUCUUGGGAUAUUACCGACGAUUUCGUCGGGCUUUUGCAGCCGGGCCAUAUUCUUUACAAGGCAAACUGGACAUGUUGGAACGAGGUCAAUACGCUACACAGAGGGAGAUGGCUUCAGAAGCUGGAUCUCCAGAUAUUGAUCCGUGGCCCAAUUGGUUGUUGCGGGAGAUGCUGUGGCAGGUAGGGUCUGAAGGGGACCAGAGGCAGCAAUUGGGAGAGGAGCCAGACGUGUGUCCAGCUGGAAGCUAUCCCGAGGGCAACGCUUGCUGGUUGUUGGGCAAGACUGGCGCUAGCUGUCAGGAGGCUUGCCAAGAUGCUGGCAUGCAGCUUCGUUUGCAAGAGAAAACGGCAUCACCUCCUGACAGUGCUCUCGAAGAAGCAGACUGGCCAGCAUUGUUUGGAGAGCCCCAUGUACCUCAUAUAGUUGCCGCCAUGAGUGGCAACACACCUUCGCUUGGUAUUCAACACCCCUGGGCACCGUUUGAAUGUCUUGUGCCGGAAGAAUCUCGUUUUCACUUGGCAGCCAGAUGGCUGGAUCAGGAUCCGACAUGGAGCUAUCCCCUCUGUGCAUUGGAAGUCAACAAAGUCAACAUCACCAGUCUUCACAAUCCACGCAACAAGAUGCAGGCGAUUCCAAUGUGGCCAUCAGCAGUUUGAACGACAAACGCGGCCCACAGUCGAUUGAACUGAAUGUGUGGAGAAUGCCUAAAAAUGGCAUAUUUCCAUACUUACAGGUUGGAAAGUCUUAAAGUAGUACUCUAGACCAGCGCAAAGACACUGGUGCAUUGAUUUGUAAAGUUGCUGAAAGAAAAGGCCUUAGUCAGAUUUU